AUGUCGCGCUGCCGACGGCUGGUGUAUCUCCUGCUUAUUAACAUUGCCGUCAUAAAUCUAGCCGAAUCGCAACAAAAGGUGCUACAAAACACGGGUACUCCCGAAAAUGCGGCUAUCCCGGACAAGCCCAUCGUCGACAAUGCGCAUACAAGCCCGGAAGCAGAAAGCGAAGGUUUGAAGCCCAUAACGAGUUCCGCAUCGAUACGAGAUGCCGGUGCAGUUGACGGACGAGUGGCUGCGGCGGCGCCAGAUGCCACCCAGCAGGCGCCGCCGGCAGCUGAUGCAGCAGCCAUAGGAAACGCUAACGUGACAAAUGCGGAUGCAACAACCGAUGAAAGUGCUAAUGUGACAACUUCCGCGACUGUGGAAGCGAUGGCAACAGGAAAUACAGAUGGACAACAAACUGCGACUGUGGAUGCUGGCAACGCCGAUGUUACAACCACCCAUACAGUGGAUGUUACUGAAAUUCCCACACACAACGCAGAUGCAAACAUUUCGGGAGCAAAGUUGCUCCUACAGAAGCAUGCUGCAGCAGCAGAAGAGAGGGGCUACAACGGGGAAACAAUGUCGCAAGAAAGGGGCUUCAUCCGAGAUAUUGUGCAAGGACUGUUGGAAAUCAUUCAGACGGAUUUCAACUUCCUCAUUAGUUCCGGGACUAUCUUGUCAUCGCUCCUCACUCAGCUGAUACCACUGCAUACAAUUAUGACAAUCAGGUGGAAUAAAUCAACGGGAAGCCUGAAGACCCUCAACUUCGUCACGGUGGCGUUUGCCAACUUCCUAUGGUCGUUGUACGGUGUGCUCUCAUACAACACGGUCAUCAUCCUCUCGAGUCUGCCAGGAUUUCUGCUCAACUGCUGCUACAUCAUGGUCUUCCACAAAUACUGCAAGGACGGACAACAGAAGCACAUUCUGUAUGUGUCCUACAAAGUAUCUGCAGCAUCGUGCCUCGUGUUGAUGGGCGCAUACCUAGGUGUCGACAACGAGCCGUACCUCAAGUUCAUAGGGCUUUUCGGGGGAUCCAUUCAGGCGUUCUCAUAUAUCGCACCGUUGCUGUCUAUCAGGGAAAUCAUGAAGCACAAGAGUACCUCCGCGAUGCCGACGGAAAUAUCCCUCGCCAACUUUAUAGGGUCGUUCUUCACGCUCUGUUACGGGUUCAUAAUAUGGGAUUACAUUGUCAUCACCCCCAACUUCAUCGGCAUGGUAUCGGGAAUCGUGCAAAUUACGCUGCUCAUACUUAUACCGAACAACGAGCAGAUUGUGGUGACAGAGGUGGAGAUCCUGGAGAAGCAGCACUUCAAGCCGAUUCUCAAGCCGGAGAUGGAUAUAUGA